AUGAAUGAAUUUCAUACAAAUGAUUAUCUUAUAAACUCAAACGAUUGGAAUAUUUCACAAGAAAUUAAUUAUUCAACUAAUCAAUCUCAAUUUAUUGAAUUAUCUAAUGUACAUCAUAAUCUAUCUUAUUCCAAUGAUAUUCAAUCAAAUACUUUAAAUCUUCCAGCUACAUCCACAAUGAUAUGUAAUAUAGAAUUACAAGAUAAUUCUUCUAGAUUUCAUACUAUACCAAAUAUAAAUUCACCAAAAUAUCAAUGUCUUGUUUGUAAUGAUUUCUCAACUUCACAUCAUUAUGGUGUUCGAACAUGUGAAGGAUGUAAAGGUUUUUUUAAACGAACAAUACAAAAAAAUGCUAAAUAUGUUUGUUUGUCUGAUAAAAAAUGUCAUGUUGAUAAACGUCGACGUAAUCGAUGUCAAUGGUGUCGAUUUCAAAAAUGUUUAGCAGUUGGAAUGAUAAAAGAAGUUGUGCGUACAAAUGAAUUAAAAGGUCGUCGUGGUCGAUUACCAUCAAAAUAUCAUCUAUCAAAUCAUCUGGAAAUUCAAACAAAUAAAACUGAACAAAAAAAAUUAUCAAUUGAAAUAUGA